AUGCCAAUUUGCUCAAAUGGGCCAUUGAAUUCAACUACGAUGUUUCUGUUGAUGAUGGUCUCUUUUUUAAUACGCGAAUCAGUGUCAGUGUUCAGGGGAUACAGCAGAUUGGCAGCUGAGACCGGUACUAUUGCAGCAGAAAUAGAUCCAAAAAAUAUGUUCAUUUUAAGGGGCAUUCUGUGGAUUUGA